AUGUCUCCUGCUGCUUCAACCGAUAAAAAACAAUCCGCCGGAGCAAGAAUCCUCGGAUCUGCUUCUGCUGGGAUCUGUGAGAUCGCCGUCUUCCACCCGGUUGAUACCAUCUCAAAGAGAUUGAUGUCCAACCACACUAGGAUUUCAUCUGCCGCCCAAUUGAACUCUGUUAUUUUCAGAGAUCACGCUCAACAAGCCUUGGGUAAGAGAUUGUUCACCUUAUUUCCAGGUUUAGGUUACGCAGCUGUCUACAAGAUUUUACAGAGAGUUUACAAGUACGGUGGUCAGCCAUUUGCUAACGAAUUCUUGACCAAGAACUUCAAGGAUAACUACGAAACUUUGUUUGGCCCAAAGACCGGUAAGGCUUUACUUUCAGCCACAGCAGGUUCAUUGAUUGGUAUUGGAGAAGUCGUCUUGUUACCAUUGGAUGUUUUAAAGAUCAAACGUCAAACAAACCCAGAAUCAUUCCGUGGUAGAGGUUUUCUCAAGAUCUUGGCCGAUGAAGGUUUCGGAUUAUACAGAGGAUGGGGUUGGACUGCUGCUAGAAAUGCUCCUGGUUCAUUUGCCUUAUUCGGUGGUAACUCGUUUGCCAAGGAGUAUAUCUUCGGAUUAUCUGACUACUCAUCAGCUACUUGGACUCAAAAUUUCGUCACUUCUAUCUUUGGUGCCUCUGCUUCCUUGAUUGUUUCUGCUCCAUUAGACGUUAUCAAGACCAGAAUUCAAAAUAAAAACUUCGACAACCCAGAAUCUGGUGUGACUAUCUUGAAGAAUAUGUUCAAGAAUGAAGGUAUUACCUCUUUCUUCAAAGGGUUGACUCCAAAGUUGUUGACCACAGGUCCUAAAUUGGUUUUUUCAUUUGCUUUAGCUCAAUCUUUGAUUCCUGCAUUCGAUAAGUUGUUAACCAAAUAA